AUGUCAUUCCUCUUGAAUCCCGUGGAACCCGUUCAUCCGAAUGACGACGAGACGGAAGAUUCGUACUUUUCUGGAAAUGAGAACGAUGAUUAUAACUUUAAGUACGUGCCUACAAAUCAUUUCAAGUACAUAAUAAAAGACGUACGCAGACAGAGAUGUCGGGAGCAAGAGGAAAGCGUGUGGACAUCGUUCGUCAGACAACAAGAGCUGAAUGGUUACAACAAAAAUGGCAUCCAGUCAUCUGUUCAAAGCAUCAAACAGCUGUUGGACGAAGGUAUGAGGGAGGCGGAUAAAGAACUUAAAAAAUUAGAGACAAAUAUUUUGCCUGAUGAAGUAAGAAAAGAAUAUGAUAAAACUGGAAACAAUCAGAAGAAAAAGCCAAAGGUAAAUAAUAUCAGGGACUCGACUUCGAAGAAAGCGCCGAUUAUGAAAGACACAGGGACAGGUAGCACCAAUUUGUUGCUUACAAUUCCUGAAGAAGAUAAUGCUUAUGAGAGGAGGCACGGGUUUGAGGAUUUCAAGUCGUACGCUAGAAAGUCUCGCUCUGGUCAUGUAAUACCGCGAAAGAAGCAAUCUUCGAGGCAGCUGCAUCAUGCGACUAACGGCACCGAAUACAAUUCCAGUCCUGAAAGCAGCGCACACCACAACGGCAUUGCAGAUGGAGUCAUUUAUGUACGGCCGGAUCCGUUCACCAUGCACAAAAUCUUGACGAUGCAAAGGAAAGUCUGUGAUUUACUGGACGAAAUAACGUUCAGACUGGGAAACAUCUCGGCGCCGGAUGGGAUUAAGGACCUACAGAGGCGGCAGCAGUGCGUCGCCGAAUUUAUUGUUCGAUUCUCGAGGAACUAUCUAUACGAUCUCAAUAGAUACGUCAAGGAUAUCCAAAGGCAUAUGUCCGUUAUUUCACCACGCGCGAUAAUAAAGCCGAAUCACAGAAAUCUGGGACUUCACAUGCACGCCAUUGAGCAUAAACUUCUUGCUGCUCAUCAAUUAUUGCUGCACGCAUUGGUCGCCUAUUGCAAACACGUUCCCAGUUCUAUUCCCAAAGGACAUCCUGGAAAGCUUAGAGAGAUACUGCAAGUGGUUCUCAAUCUGAAGACUAUGUGUGAUAGACUCCACUUAAACUAUUUCGAUUCGGGGGACACUGAUGUUUUGUCGUUGGGGAAGGAAAUUGAAAGCAAGUGCAAUACUGUUUUAUCAAAAUUCAAGCUGCAUGCAGAUAAUGAUUUUUUAGAUACUAAUAAAACUUCGUCAAUAGCGUCCAUCACUCCACAUUCAACGAAUAAAAAACGACUCAAUCACAAACAAUUAUCUAAUCGGUUGAGUAUGUACAGCGCGGAUACCAAAAUUUUCAAAAAUAUUUCUAAACCCAAAACAAAUUAUCAUCAAAAAGAUAAGAAAUAUAAUACAAUAGAUGUCAAAAGAAUCUCUAACGAGCCAAUAUUAGAUCAGCCGUAUCCUAGUCCUGUAACACCUUCUAAAGAUGCAAAUCAAAUAGACCUUAGAAAACGUAGAACAUUUGCAAAAGAGGAGGAUAUAAAAACUAUGAUGGAUAUAUUACCCAUAGAUUCAGAUGGCAGUAACUUUGAAACGCAUGAAAGUCAUAAUAAUACGAUGCUCACAAGAAGAAUAUAUAAAACGCCAAGAAAAUAUUCUAGCAAGUCGCAGAAUAAAAAACAAUUAGAAACGAUAGAAAAUAUUGUUAAGAACACAUCUACAAAUAACGAUGAUGAAUCCAUGAAAAGAGAGCCGAUGAUUACAGAGGAACAUUUAUCUAACUUGGUGCCUGUUAUAGCAGACUUCAUGUCUUUUAUUUCUAAUAAGCAAAAUGAAUCAGAGGCAAGGCCAGCUUAUUCUGAAACUAUGACGAAUACACUAAUGAAAUUUCUACAAAAAUAUCAAUUGCCUAAAGGCAUGAACGCAAAAAUCAAUGCGAGCACAAACUGUGACAUAUGUUAUUCAGGCAGCAGUGAAUGUGAAUGUGUUAAAACAAACAGAACUUUAAUCGAAAGGCGGAAAAACGGCGAAAAUAUGCAAUUGAUUUACGUGUCAUCGAUAGAAGAUGCAUCAAAAACACCUCGUUAUUGCGAUGCGUCAUGCCAAGCGGAUUACGAGAGCUUAACGGAAUUGCCGGAUUUUGAAGCAAAGGUAAAGGAAGGAAAAUUUAUGAUAGACUCGCAGAAUAAUAUUGAGCUUGCUGUUUCCGAGGAAACUGAGAUGAAUUUUUUAAAAUAUAGAUGCGAAUAUCAGCGAUUGAUGCAAUCGAUUCCAAUGUACUCUAGCAAUACACAAAAUAAACCAUGGGACAUUGUCGCUUGGAUAUCUGAUAAGCUCGUAGAUGAAUUGAUAAUAGAAAUAGCAAAGGAGCUGCAAAUAGAUGACGUCAUACAGAAGCUUUUCGAGUUAGAAUUCCACGAAUUCUAACGUUAAUUGACGUUGCUUGGUCAAAUCCGAGAAACGCAUAAAAAGAAAUCAUAUA